ACUCACGAAACGAGUCUAUAGGGGAUGCACCAGUGCGAAGCCAUGUGGAUGGACUUCAAAGCUCUAGGAAAUUCCCCUGCAUACGCUGUCAAGGUCUCCGCGAGUGGUCUGAAUGCUCUGACUGGAUUGCCCCGCAACGCUACAGCCGUCGGCCGACAGGACUACCUGGCGGUAAGGCAGGAUAGCUGUGGCCAGCAGUAAGUCGAG